AAUCAUCCGAUGUCAACAUCAUUCAUCGUAUCAUUUUUUGGGCAACUUCGCAGGCACUCGACGACGAUCAUCGCAAUAAUAAUGAUCCGCAAAGGUUCCCUGAACCCGUUCAGGACGAAAAUCGAACUAUCUGCAGGAUGGAAACCUUGUGAAAAGACACGUUUCUAUUGACUCUUCAACGUUGACGAAGAUCUGAACAGAAACGAAUCAGCCAUCAACGAAUUUCCCCUCAUCCUGCUGGGUGUAACCGACGUUAGAUGCACAAUAUUGCAAUUGCAGAGCAUUUCAUGACGGUGCCCGGUACAAGUCCUAAGUCAGCCUUCCUGAACGUCACAUGUACGCACCGAGCGGCUGACUACUAAACGGACCUGCCCCUCUUCUUGCUAACUUCUGGACUAUUGGUUUGCCUUUACUGGUUGUUCGCCAUGUCAUCCCAUACCCUCCCGAAGUCUUUCGCCAUCGAGCGCUCGGAUUCUCUAGCAUCACCAGACGGGAGAGCAUCGACAAAGAAACCUCGACCCAUCCUCCGAGACUUGCGAAACACUCUGGCACUGCAGGCAACUGAGAGCAGCCGUUAUAGUAUCGAACAAGGUGUCCCCUUGGACGCUUUCUCUUUCUCCAUCACAGAAAGUCCCUUCUCCGCGGAACGUCGUAGGCACCACCACGGAAAUGGCAAGUAUCGAGUCAGCCCCAUUGCCCUCUCUGUUACUCCGCACGCUGCACCCUCGCUCAACAUGCCAGGGUACGCACCCGUCGAUGCGCUUGCCUUUCACGUUUCGAAACGUGAUACGCCUGCUGAAGAAGAAAAUAUUUUCAUCAACAAGCGUAGCUCAUCGACGAUCAUUUCAUAUUCUGAUCAUGGAAACCCCGGUAUCGACAACAAUUCCUCCCUUCUAGACUCCAAACAUGCUGCCAUCCAUCACUAUACCAAACCGCUCAAUCUGCGGAGCGCUCCGCUGAACCGUCGUGUCGUCGAUCAGAAAGCCCUGGCCUUCACUAUCCCUCCGUGUUCUCCCACACUCCCACUCAGCCCGCCUACUGCAUCAAGCUCUCCGAUUUCUGACCUUCUUUCCAAGCGUUCUGGUAGGAUGUUCAAGCUCGUCCCAACCCAGAAUGACCGCCUCGUGCAUGCUGUUGCAACCGACUUGACUGAUUACCACAUCGAAAGCCCGCUGGAAAGUCCUUGCUCGUCCUCCCCGACACGUAUCGGCUUUCCUCCCGAUAUGGUCGCACUGCUUCAGGAACUCGAUGAACUUGCUGGUUGGGUCCAAAAUUUUCCAUACCCUGAAGAGGCUGAAGGGGCACUUGAUAUUCUUACCAUUGGCUCAACCGUACCUGUAUCAUGUCCGCAUGCGCUCCAACAGCUUGGCAAUGACCUAGAUCAUCAUUCCCUCCAACCCGUGUUGUCGGAUAAAGGUAAGAGGCGGAGGCUGACCGAGUCCACGGAUGAUAUGUCCGAAGUAAAUCAAUUUGCUUUGUUGGCGUUUUUUCAAGGAUUGAUCUCCUUGGAAGUGCCAGUUUCCAACCAGUCGUUCGGCCAUUCCACCAGCCAGCACACCCGUCGCCCGGAGGCGAUCAGUCCGAUAUAUAUAUGAGCCUCGGGGCACACCAUCAUUUCUUGUCGGUAGCUCUACCUCACCGAUCGCAUACCCCGCAGAAGGGUACCGGAGUCCCCCUCGCGAAGUCAUCACACCUGGUUCAUCUCCCAUCAC